UGUGGUUGCCAGGGUAACGUAUGAGUGAGUCAAGCGCGUGUCAAUUAUCAGUGUAAUUCAGCAGGUUUGAGUUGAUUAUAAGCAACAAACUUUAGCUAACUAGUUCGCUGGAUGUUGUCAGAAGUGAGUGUGAGCUAACAUGACGUCACUGCAGUGUGUUUGUAUUGGGAAACACAGCUAGCGGGUGCUGCUAGUUUGGAUGCUAACGCAGUUGGUGUUUGUUUGUUAAGGCUGGAAACUAAUAAUUAUCGCCAUGACGAGUAACACGAGCCUCCCACCGGUGAGCCAUUUACCGCGCUGGACCCGCGUGGCCCGUUUCAAGAAACCUCUGUCUCCACCGCGACAUUUACCGGCGAAGCAGCCGCAGCUGCAGCCGUUGCCUGCGGUGCUGUCAGCGGACAGAGGAGAGGACAGAGCCGCGGAGGUGCACCGUCACCGCAGCAGCGACUCCGAGCCCCGCAUCGCCUCACUGCAGAGGAACAUACACUUUCUGCAGCAGCAACACAAGGACACUCUGGAGAGGCUGCAUGCGGAGAUAGAGUACCUGAGACGGGAGAAUAAAGAAUUGCACUACAAAUCGAUAAUGGAGCCUCCAAAGUCGAGUAGGAAAGGACCAAUACACAGUCGACGAGGCGUUAGACCACCCACUCACGGAAGGGAAACUCACACAGGACUUUACCUAGAGGAGCCACUGCAGGACAAGACACCCUCACAGGACCAGCCCCUCAGUUGUCUCAGUGUACCGCUCAGCCGAGUUGGAGAGAGUAGUGACGUUCUGGGAUCCACCAGGCAGGACCACGGUCCAGAGGAAACGGGCAGCCUCAUCACGUCACUGAAGCCUCUGCGGAUUCACCGCGACCUCUCCCAUCCACCGCGCGCUCCCACGCUGCAGGAGUGCGAGGUCAUCAUCCAGCAGCUCUACAACGCAAACUGUUUUCAGUCUCAGGAACUUAUACGUGUGAAGUCACUGCUGCGAGAUAUUGUUCUGAGCAAGAAGAUCAGCCCAGAAAACUACAGUCUGACCAACACCUACCUUGUUAAUGGUAGCAGCAAAUCUUCUGAAGAGAAGAAGUUUCCAAAACUUGGUCUUCAAACAUACCCGGAAAAAAGGUCUGGGCCGCCUCAGUCUGGAGUUGUCCUCCCCGUUCUGAAGCAGAGCCUCAGUCCAACCAUCGCAGAAAGACAGAGGAGGACUCGUGCCGUGCAGAGAGACCGUUUGAAAAGGACUGUGCACUGACAAGGUCAAGACCGCAAAAUCUCUUCCAAAAAAAAAAAAAAGAAGUGAAUCGACUUGGUAAUUCUCAGAAAUCAGUAUACAAAACAGGUAUUUUGUUGAUUUGAUAUUUUUGUACUCAAAGUAAAGCAAAAACCAAAGGAAGGUCCAUGGAUUUUCACUGUAAACGCAAUAACAGGAAGGAAGGAUCCUUAGGUUUGGCUUCGUAUUUAUUUAUUCAUUUCUUUUCAAUGAAAACAUGAGUUUGUAGUGAUUUUUAAACAACUUAAUCAUUGUGACAUUUUGACUCAUUUUACCUGCACAUACAGUGUGUUGUAUUCCUGCCACAAUGAUGGCAGACUCAUCGAUGUGUCACUUUAAAAAAACAAACAGGUAUUAAGGUAUUAAACUGUUUUCAGUGAAAACAGCCAAAGUAAAAGCAUCUUUAUACUGGUUAACAGAAACAUCUAAACUCACUAAAACAAAGUUAUGUCAAUUAGUUUGUUAUUACUAGUCCCUAAUAAAUUGUCUUGACACCAAAAAGCACUGUUCUAUUUUCCCCCCGUCCUAUUUGUUACUACUUUGUAAAUUAUAUAUAUAAAUGUCUUUCAUUUGGCAAGAAAAGUAUGUGCACAGUUUAAUAUUUGGUGUGUGUGUGUGUGACGGUGUUUGCAUCACAGGCUAAGACACAAAAUUAGCAGUUAACCUGCCUUGUUUGAAUAAUUUCAGAACUAUAGCCAUAUAAAAAUAAGUGACCUAAAUACAAUUUCUUGGAAUAUCUAUAUGCAUGGACAUGGGAUAUAAUAAUCUAUGCUGUAAUUAAUUUGAGUUGAACCAAAAACUUUGAGAAAGUGGGUUAAAUAUAAUCGUGACACAGUAGGGAAGGACUGAAAUUGGUGUCUCUUUUUUCAUCUCUGCUUUAAUCCCCUCUUUAAAUAUUAAUAUAAUGUAAAUAUAAAAUGUUCCAGAAGUUCUUAAACCUGGAUUUAUCGUGUUAUUAAGAUUUAAUUGCACUGGGGUUAAAAUAUGAUAAGAUAGUCCUUUGUUAGUUACACAAGGGGGACAUUUCCAGUAUUGUUAAAGGUUAAUAAAUAAUAACUAAAAAAAAUGCAUUUUCAAUAAAAGAUAACUAUAAAUACAUAAAUGAAGAAAUACAUAAUCCACCAAAACUAAAAAGCUGCAGCUUCACAUUGAUCAGUGUGAUGCUUUUGAACAAAUUCAAAAGCACUUGGCCUGAUUUUGUAACAUGAGUCAAAACCAAGUGCGUGCAAUUGUGCAACAACGUCGAGCAGGUUAAGAACUGCAUGCAACCAAGCGGGGCCCCACCAUUCCUGGAAUGCAGCAUCCAUCCACCUCUGUUCUGAGAAGAACAUUAUUGGCACCAGGAUGAAAUGAUUAUGGAGUUAUCGAUUGUGUUCAUCUCUGCUUGUUUAUGUGGGCUCUGAUGUUACUGGCUGUUAAACACACCUCCUGCUCUAAAUUACAACACUUAUUUAUGGAUUUUUUUUGCGAUAUCUCUUGCUGUAACCGACAUAAACAUUGGUUAAAGUCAGCAGCAACAGAGAGUGCAGUUGUCUACAUUUUUUAAUACCUACAAGUGAACUGUUUACAUUUUGAGAUCGCUUUCUGGAUUUGUAUGGAACUUUAUUACCAUCUUAGAUAAUCAUGACAAAGAUAUACACGGUGAGAUAUACACAUAUGAAUGUUAAAUGGGACUUCCUGUGUUAAAGUUAAAUUUCCCCCAAAUCCAUAAUCUGGAUCAGAUCCGGAUGAAAUGUAUAUAGUCCUGUGAUGGUAAAGUGUCAUACAGUACACAUACAUUCAAAUACAAUGAGUUUUAUUCGGA